UCUCCGGGACUUCUCCCCGCCCUGGCGCAGGCUUACUGUGUAGGUGGGCGAAGGUGGUCGGCAGCCGCGGCCCAGCUCCUGCGGCUCGUCCGUAUAGCCGCGCCGCCCGCGGCCGGCAGGGUACGCUCUCCGCGGAGCCUGUCCUGCUCCCGGCCUGCCAGCGCCUGCGCCUGCGCGGGGCUUCCGCCGCUCGGCGAAGGGGGAGAGCCGCCCCACUGCGGCGCCCUGGGACUAAGAUGGCAGCGGCGGCCCGGCUGGGCUGGGGAGCUGCGGCUGUUGCCGCGGGGCUGCGUAGGCGAUUCUGUCCUAUGAUGAAUCCAUACAUCAUUAAGAAACAGCUUCUGCAUCAGUUCGUACAAAGACCACUUUUCCUACUGCCUACAACCUUAUAUAACACAGUGAGACACAUGUUUAUUCAAACACAAGAUACCCCCAAUCCCAACAGUUUAAAGUUUAUUCCAGGAAAACCAGUUCUUGAGACAAGGACCAUGGAUUUUCCCACACCAGCUGCAGCAUUUCGCUCCCCUCUGGCUAGGCAGUUAUUUAGAAUUGAAGGAGUAAAAAGUGUCUUUUUUGGACCAGAUUUCAUCACUGUUACAAAGGAAAGUGAAGAGUUAGACUGGAAUUUACUGAAACCAGAUAUUUAUGCAACAAUCAUGGAUUUCUUUGCUUCUGGCGUACCCUUAGUUACUGAGGAAACAUCUUCAGGAGAAGCAGGAUCUGAAGAAGAUGAUGAAGUUGUGGCAAUGAUUAAGGAAUUGUUAGAUACUAGAAUACGGCCAACUGUGCAGGAAGAUGGAGGAGACGUUAUCUAUAAAGGCUUUGAAGAUGGCAUUGUACAGCUGAAACUCCAAGGUUCUUGUACCAGCUGCCCCAGUUCAAUCAUUACUCUGAAAAAUGGAAUUCAGAACAUGCUGCAAUUUUAUAUUCCAGAAGUAGAGGGUGUAGAACAGGUUAUGGAUGAUGAAUCAGAUGAAAAAGAAGCAAACUCACCUUAAAGUGUCCCUUCAUUUUUUAGCAACACCUUCCCCUUUCCUUUGAGGAAAAGGAGUCUACGUGGUGCUGGGGGAACUUGCUGGCUCUCUUGUUGGCUCUGUGUGCCUCUGAUGACUCCAUGUGGUGCUGGUCGAAUUGUCUAACCACAGUGUCCUGCCUUCUGCCACACGAAUGAGUGGGGCAUAGGAGUCUGCAUUGGACCCAUCCGAAUCCUUGCCUAGAAUAUGAAAAGUGAGGAUGGAGGAAUAGCCUCUCUCCCCUUGGACUGCAAACUAUAAAGAUGUGAUUCCAGAGGUGUUUGAGGGUCAUUUCCCUGUGCAUAAGGUCAGGGAGAGAGAAUCAAAGGGAGUUCUGACAAUACCGUUUGUGUCCCUGGAUACAGGUGUGCCUGAAGCUGUACCCCUGUCCUUUCCAAUGACAUUAGCCAAUAAAU